UUCUCCUGGCAGCCAUCAUGAAGGGUACAGUCUUGAUCUGCUGUUUCCUCUCCCUGCUGCUUUUGCAGGCCACAGCAGAAGAAGAAGAAGAAGAAGAAGAAGAAGAAGUAGAAGAGUUCAUCUCCACCCUCAGAGACAGAUCUCACAUCGAUGAGACGCUGCGGCUUGCAACUGAGGAAAAAUCAGGAGACUAUGGAGCGGCCAUAGAGAGGUUGCGGAAGAUCUACCACACAUCCAUCAAGCCGAUGGAGCAGGCCUACAAGUACAAUGAGCUGAGGCAGCACGAGAUCUCAGAUGGAGAGAUUACCUCCAAACCCAUGGUGCUGUUCCUGGGACCCUGGAGUGUAGGAAAGUCCUCCAUGAUCAAUUACCUCCUGGGCAUGCACGACAGCGCCUAUCAGCUCUACACAGGAGCUGAGCCUACUACCUCUGAGUUCACUGUAAUUACGCACGGGGAGAAGAUCCGCUCAGUUGAGGGUAUUGUUAUGGCAGCGGACAGCUCUCGGUCCUUCUCUCCCUUAGAGAAGUUUGGCCAAAACUUCCUGGAAAAGCUGGUCGGUAUUGAGAUGCCCCAUAAACUGCUGGAACGUGUGACUUUUGUGGACACACCAGGAAUCAUUGAGAACCGAAAACAGCAGGAGAGAGGCUAUCCCUUCAAUGAUGUUUGCCAGUGGUUCAUUGACCGUGCUGACCUGAUCUUCGUGGUGUUUGACCCCACCAAGCUGGACGUUGGCCUGGAGCUGGAGAUGCUCUUCCGGCAGUUGAAGGGUCGCGAAUCCCAAAUCCGCAUCAUCCUAAACAAGGCUGACAACCUGGUCACCCAGGACUUAAUGAGAGUCUACGGAGCGCUGUUUUGGAGCUUAGCUCCCCUCAUCAAUGUAACCGAACCCCCCCGUGUCUAUGUCAGCUCCUUCUGGCCAUAUGACUACGCAGCUGACACCAGCCGUGAUCUCUUCAAGCGAGAAGAGAUCUCCCUCCUGGAAGAUCUGAACCAGGUGAUUGAGAACCGCAUGGAGAACAAAAUUGCCUUCAUCCGCCAACAUGGCAUCCGCGUGCGCAUCCACGGCCUGCUGGUAGACCGCUAUGUCCAGACCUUUAAAGAGAAGAUGAGCUACUUCAGUGACCCUGAACUAGUCUUCAAGGAGAUUGUAGACGACCCAGACAAGUUCUACAUUUUCAAAUCCAUCCUAGCCAAGACCAACGUCAGCAAGUUUGACCUGCCCACCAAGACUGCUUACCAAGACUUCUUUGGCGUCAACCCGGUCAGCAACUUCAAGCCCCUGACAGCUCAGUGCUCCUACAUGGGAGGCUGUCUGCUGGAUAAGAUUGAGAGGGCAAUCACCAAUGAGCUGCCCGCCCUUCUGAGCAGCAUUAACUCUGGCAAGCAGCCUGGCCUGUCCUCCUGUGAGGCCACUGGCUGUGGUGAAAAGCCAAAGAAUCGUUACCGGAAGAACUGAGGAAAUCAAAAUAACUUGAGUGGGGGGAAGUAAGAAGUGAAGGGGUCUGGUGGAAGCCAACCCUGCUUUUGUCAGAAUGCCUGUAUUGUUGAGGAGACAGAGAUUAGUGUUUGUUUAUUUCCUCAGGAGAAUAUUGGGAGGUGCAUUUAGGGACUGUGGGAAUGAGGCAGAUAGAGGGAGGGAAGGGUCAUUGUUUGAUAAGGCAGCUUAAGGACACACAUGCUGAAGAAAUGAGUACAUGCCACUGAUCACUGAGUUUUGUUAAAAUACACGCCUUCCGCCCUCUCUUGUACAAUCACAGUGGACUCUCUAGGAUUUGGGUUUGGGGAAGUGAAGAAAUAGUAAGAUUGAUUAAAAAUUUUAAAUCCUGAGACUGAAAACAGUCAAAUACCAGCUCCCUUGUAUGUGAAUAAAAUGGGAAAAAGUGGAAACAGGAGUUGCAAAUUUGUGUUGUAAAAUCUUGAGAAUUGCAUUGCAGAAAGUCAAUUCGAUAAUCUUUCAAAGCUAAUUUUGAAAUUAGUCUUUUUGUGGGUGCUAUACAAAGCCUUUGUGUUUGUCAUCCAAACCUUUGCUUUUGACAUAGAUUAACAUUAACAUUGCAUGUUAGAUCUUAUUUAACAGAUGCAUGCAUUUCCUGCUUACAUAAAGUUUAAGUAAUAUUCCUCGUGUAACAGAAACCUGAACCAACCCUGCCAUGCAACAAAUAAGGCCUUUUUUUUUUUCUUCUUUUCAUUUUAUACGCUUAUCAGUCCUGGUUGUUGACAACCUGUGAAAUGAGCACUGUGAUGGAAGCAGAGGUCAGGGUUCAAGGGUCAGAGUCUUCAGAGCGGAGUCGGUAUGUUCAUUUUUCUUCACUUCUUAACUGUUCUUACUGUUUCUGUUUGCGUCUAUAAAUUUGCCAGUCUUUGGCAGAAAUUCAAUACUGUGUUAUCAUUUUCUUUCCUUGAACGUUAAGCUUAACAGCUUUUUUUAGCUGAAUGACCAUGAAAAAAACAAGACACGAAGGAUGUGUUGGAUUAGAGCUGUCUUCAACCAUUUAUUCUGCAGGAUAGAACACUAUUUAUUGAUUUUACUUUGUAAACUUUCCAAAUGGGCUGUGCACUAGUCUGUGUAUGUGUAAUGAACACCCCUUCGAUACAAUUUUACAAACUACCACUGCCAGAAUGUGAUUUCCCAACUAGCGAAAAGCGGACUGGAGGUAAAGGUAAAGUGGAGGACUCCUGAGUUGACCCCUGACCUCUGAGGAAAGAAGGAAGCUGAGAAUACUGACCUUUACAUCGACAAUAUUUUACAGUGAUACAUGUCAUAGCUGCAAAUUCUUAUGUAAGCCUACCUCUAUGAACUCCCAUGAAUAUGGCAUGGUAAAAUACUUUGACAGUUUGGUUACAUUUAUCCAACACCGGGCUAUUUCUAGCCUAGCCGCAGUAACUUCACUAGCACAUAAAUUAAGGCCUCCUAAAACUGAAUUAACAUACUAUAUAUGUCGUUUGCAGGGAUUCGGAGAUGCAGGUCGGCGGACUUUUUUACCUAACCUUUGGACAGACUUAGGCUAGCUCUUUUCCUGUUUCCAGACCUAGCUGAGCUAAGCUAACCGUCUGCUGGCUCUAGCUAGCUACAAAGUCACAGUGAAGUACAGACAGUGGUAUCAAUCUAAGAAAAUGCCAAACUAUUGCUUUGAAAACAGAGUCCGUAAAUCAUCAACGUAUAGAUAAGUAUUAAUAGGCCUACCCAUGGUAAUACCUAGACUUCCAAAAAGUUAACAUAUGUACAAAUGCACGUCCAGUUCCCUCUGUGUCCUCCCUCACUAACGUUAACCCCAUUGUGAAGAGUGUUUACCCAACUAAAAUCUGAAGCAUAAUGAAAAAGAAAAGAAAA